AAUUUCGUUGACGUUCAAAAAUCAAAACAAUUUGGUAAAGAAAAUUUUCUAUCAGCAAUUUAGCAAGGAAAAAAAAAAUUAAUCGGCAAAUCUCAUCUCACUGACGAAAAUUCAGAGUGCAGAGGUACAUAAACGGCAAAGAAGUGAUAAACGUGGAAGAACACAAGUUACAAAUAGACAAAAACUUUUAAGACAACAUAACCACAACAUCAACCUCCAUUACCGGAGCUUCCAAUGCUAAGACCAACCACAUAAAUACCCUCCAAGACCAAGAAUUUCUCUUGCAAAUAAAAAAAAAAAAGACCAAAGUAGUUUUCUUACACAAUCACCAUGCUUUUGCACACACACUUCUUUCAGACUUUAAGAACUGCAAGAAGGGUUCUUGGAAAUGUAAUGAAAGAUUCUGUUCAAUUGAGCAACAAGAAUUGUAUGCCAUUGAGAAGAGGCAAAAGGGUUGUUUCUUUUCAAGGCUCUGCUGUAAGAUUUGUACAAACAUCAUACCGUAUUUCACUGCCUGCUGGGAACGCAUUUGGAAACCAAGAAAAAGUCUCUUCAAAAAUUUUGAAAGACAAGAAGACAGUUCCUGAUUCAGAUCCUCCAAGUGAUAGAGAUGUUGAUCUUUUGUACCAGUUUUUUGAUCGAAGCACCAAAUUGGUGGUUUUGACUGGAGCUGGGAUUAGUACAGAAUGUGGAAUUCCUGAUUAUAGAAGUCCAAAUGGAGCCUACAGUUCUGGUUUCAGACCUAUUACCCAUCAGGAGUUUGUCCGUUCAAGUCGAACACGUAGGCGAUAUUGGGCUAGGAGCUAUGCUGGAUGGAGACGGUUUCAUGCUGCAGAACCUAGUGCAGCCCAUUUUACUUUGGCAUCUUUAGAAAAAGCUGGGCGGAUUGAUUUUAUGAUUACACAAAAUGUUGAUAGACUGCACCAUCGUGCUGGGAGCAACCCACUUGAAAUACAUGGAACUGUAUACUCUGUGACUUGUCUAGAUUGCAACUUUUCCUUUCCGCGGAGUUCAUUUCAAGAUCAACUGAAGGCCCUCAAUCCAAAGUGGGCAGAAGCAAUUGAAAGUUUGGAUAAUGGAAGUCCUGGAUCGGAGAAGAGCUUUGGCAUGAAGCAAAGGCCUGAUGGUGAUAUUGAGAUUGAUGAGAAAUUCUGGGAGGAGGAUUACCACAUACCUGCAUGCCCAAAAUGCAAUGGAGUGCUCAAACCUGAUGUUGUUUUCUUUGGCGAUAAUGUCCCCAAGGAUAGAGCAGACAAGGCAAUGGACUCUGCAAAAGGUUGCGAUGCUUUCCUUGUACUAGGAUCAUCUCUAAUGACCAUGUCUGCUUUUAGACUUGUCAGAGCUGCUCACGAGGCAGGUGCUGCUACAGCAAUUGUAAAUUUAGGUGUGACGCGAGCUGAUGAUAUCGUGCCUUUAAAGAUAAAUGCCCGAUUAGGAGAGAUAUUGCCUAGAGUACUGAACAUUGGAUCCCUCAGCAUCCCUGCUCUCUCCUGAUGAUACGAGAAAGAGGUGGGGAUUGAAAUGAAGAGGGGCUAUGAGCCUUCAAGUUCUAUUUAAACAUCAUGAUAGUUUUUUCGUUGGCAUCCCUGCACCAUCCUAUAGAAUGACUAGCGGAACUUGUUGAUCAAGAGUCCCCUUGAGAUUCUGAGGGCAUAUCUAGCUCAGGAUUUCACCAAUGUGAGUAUCAUAUAAUUGUGCACGAUACAUUUGUUUGGAGGCAACUUCAAGAUGCCAUCAAGCAAGCAAAGAAUGGUGUAUGCCAUUAACAUUUCAAUCGGUUUGUGGUCUUUCCAGUAAAUUUAUGAUUUGAUUAAUUUUGUUUGCUGUAUUGGGUAUAAAAUCCUGUUCAUGUUGUAACGUUUAAGGUGUAUAUGUAUGGUGGAUGACAUGUUGAUUUAUUUGAUGGAAAAGGAUUCCAAUGAACAAUUAUGGCUAA